CCAGGCACAUCCCUAGCACCUGCCUACUCGGACGGAGACGUGCGAGACGAGUAGGUUGGCAAUAUUCCGGGCGGAGCUUGGCGACUGGCGUUUCUAGUUUGUUUUCUUCAGCUUAAAUUAACAAGAUGAUAUCUAAUAUCAAUAAUUAUGAACUCAAGAUUUCUCAGUUAAUUGAGUACUUGAAUUAAACAACAAUUCACAAGAGUGUCAAUAUUGACAAGCAGGUCAAAAUGUCUAAGCGUACUGCGGACGAUGGCGGCAAUGGGAGCAACCAGCCGCCGAUCAAGAAAGUUCACUUUGAACCCCAUCUUAUUGGCCCUGUGUCUACUUUGGAGGAAAUGGACAUAAAAGUACUUCAGUUCCAGAAUAAGAAGUUAGCGCAGAGGAUAGAACAACGUCACAGAUGUGAAGCUGAACUCCGUGCCAGGAUUGAACAGCUUGAGAAAAGACAGACUCAGGACGAUGCUGUCUUGUGUGUUGUCAAUCGGUACUGGAAUCUACUCAAUGAGGACAUCAGAGUACUCCUGCAACGGUUUGACGCUGAGACUGCAGAUGAAUCUGAAAAUAAAAAUGAGAACGAAGCAACAACAUCGUUUCUCAUGCAGCUGUCCACUUGGGAUAAGGAGGAGUUGGACGCGCAGCUCGCGAACCGUGUGCAAGUCAGCAAGCGCGCUGUAGCUAAGGUGCUGCAGGCGUUCGAUCGUCUGCAGCAAAGGAAUGACAAGAUCUGGCGCGCUAUCAAGGGCGAGGGUGAAGAAGGAGCUCCAGCACCACUUCUGGAUGACGUGAUUAGAGCUACAAACGAGGAAGUGACCGCAGAGAACAGGCGCUUACAAGCGUUGUGUACGACCUUACAUGAGAGCCAUCACGCCAUGACUCUGAGAGUCGCGCAGCUGCAGGACGCCGUCAACAGCAGGGACACGGAAAAUGCCGAGCUGAAGAACCAGAUUGACGAUCUGCAGUAUGAGUUGUUGAAGGUGCGUUCCCGCAACGACAAGCUGGAGAACCACUUGGCGGAGGCCAUCGAGAAGCUGAAGAGCUACCACCAGUCGGGCGCGGCGCUGGCGCCGGCGGCGGCGGGCGCGGGCGCGGGCGCGGCGCCGCUCGCCAAGCUGGAGGACGUCGCCGCCGAGCUCGAGGAGCAGCGCGAGCUCGCCAACAACCGCCUCGCCGAGCUCGACCGCCUGCACAGGCAGCAUCGCGACGCGCUCAAGGACGUCGAGAAACUCAAGAUGGAUAUCCGCCAGCUGCCUGAAUCAGUGAUAGUAGAAACAACGGAAUACAAAUGCCUUCAGAGUCAAUUCUCUGUGCUUUACAACGAGUCCAUGCAAAUGAAGACAGCGCUCGACGAGACCAGGCUACAGCUGCAGAACGCGAAGAACUUGCACAUGAGGCAGAUUGAAAUGAUGGAGAGCGAAGAACUAUCAAGGCAAAAGACAUUAAGAUCUGAAAUGAUUCAACUGGAAGACGUUCUCGGUCAGUUGCGGAAAGAAUACGAGAUGUUGCGUAUUGAGUUUGAGCAGAACCUUGCGGCGAACGAACAGACCGGUCCUAUCAACAGGGAGAUGCGGCAUCUUAUCACCUCGCUGCAGAACCACAACCAGCAGCUCAAGGGCGAGGUACACCGCUACAAGCGGAAGUAUAAGGACUCUAGUCAGGAGCUAAAUAAGCAUGUCGUGGGCGGGCGGGCGCAGGCGCGCAAGGAGCUGGAGGGCGCGCGCCCCGACGCGCAGGACGACACCAAGCCCGCGCUCAAGAAGGAGGAACCCGACCCCGAGGGCGAAGAGGGCGGCAGCGGCGGGCCAGAGGCCAAGCCGGCGGCCAGCAAGGAACAUAGUCGUGUCAAGCUGCAGGAACAGGAGCUCAUCAUCAAGGAUCUCAAGCAACAACUUAAGAAAGCAGUGAAUGAGCAAAAAGAAUUGAAACUCUUGCUGGACAUGUAUAAGGGAGUGAGCAAGGAGCAGCGCGACAAGGUGCAGCUGAUGGCGGCCGAGAGGAAGGCCAGACAGGAACUGGAAGACCAUCGGCAGAAGGCCAAGAUGGCGCAGGAGAGUAAGCGCGAGCGUCGCCUAGCGGACGAGGACGCGCUCCGUAAGAUCAAACAGCUGGAGGAACAGAAGUAUGAGCUUCAGAAGCAGCUCUCCUGCGCGAGGCCCAACGCCGACCCGCUGCAUGGCUUCUCCAGGCCUUUUGCAGGAUCUCCGGAAGAAGAAGCCCUUCUAAACGAAAUGGAGGUGACGGGACAGGCGUUCGAGGAUAUGCAGGAGCAGAACUCGCGGCUGAUCCAGCAACUGCGGGAGAAGGACGACGCCAACUUCAAGCUCAUGUCCGAGCGGAUCAAGGCCAACUCGCUGCACAAACUGUUGAGAGAGGAGAAACAGUUGCUGCAGGAACAGGUAUUAACACGAGAUCAGCAGAUCGAGUCGAUGGGUGGAGUAGCACGAAGGCUUGAAGAGAAGGAGCGGCUGCUGCAGGCCACGCUGUCCGCCGUCGAGAAGGAACUGUUGCUGCGACAGCAGGCCAUGGAAAUGCACAAGAGGAAAGCCAUCGAGUCCGCGCAGUCCGCCGCCGACCUCAAGCUGCAUUUAGAAAAAUAUCAUGCGCAAAUGAAAGAAGCGCAACAAGUAGUGGCUGAGAAGACAAGUGCCUUAGAAGCAGAGGCGUAUAAAACAAAAAGACUACAUGAGGAGUUGGCGAUACUCCGUCGAAAGGCGGAGCGCAUGAAGAAGAUGGAGCAAGCGGGAAGCAGCAUGGACGAGGUGCUGCUAGAGGAAAUACGGGAAUACAAGGAAACACUCACCUGUCCGUCCUGCAAGGUGAAGCGUAAGGACGCGGUGUUGACGAAGUGUUUCCACGUGUUCUGCUGGGACUGCCUGCGCACGCGCUACGAGACCCGCCAGAGGAAGUGCCCCAAGUGUAACGCGGCCUUCGGGGCCAACGACUACCACCGCCUCUACCUGUCCACGUAGAGCCGCGCCAGGUCAGCCUUCACUCAUCACACGGGCGCCGUCUGACGGCUGCCCAGCUUAGAUAAACGUGCAAUUGUACCUGCCAAAGGAGAUUGGUGUCGAAUCGAAUGUAACUCACACUGUGUGAGCAUUGGUAGUUCGUGAAGAACCGUUGUGUAUCGCAGCAUUUACUUGCAGCAGAGAAUCGCUCAUUUUUGACUUGGAUAAUAUCGAUUAUCUUAAUUCGAAAUCUCCAUAAAUUACAAAUUUAGAUCUAACACUUGCUGCACUUUGAAUUAUAACCUGAGCGUCUGAUAAUAGUGGGGAUUUUAUAUUCUAUUGUUACGCAAAGUGGGGCAUGUGGCCUCUUAGGAAAUUAAUUAUAUUAGCUAAAUAAAAUUCGGAGCUAUUUAUGUUCAAACGGAUGAAUAGCUCCACAGCAGUAUAAAACUAAUAGUGUACAGUAUAUUUAUAUUUCUACUGAUAGGUGUGUUGAUGUAUGUUGAUUGGAUAUCUAUAUUAUUAUAUUACUAAAUGAUUGACGUAACUGUUCUUGUGACUUGUUUCUGAAGCGUAAUCUAAUUCGAAGUUAUUGUCCGACACUGGACGGCAGAUAGAAACGUUCAUGAAUGAUCUCAGAACUACUUUUGACGAUUACUUUCUACGAAUAGUUUGUGUACAAAGUAUGGCAAGUAUUAGAGGGGAACAGUAUUGAACAAAAUGGAUGUUUGUGUGAACAUCGUUGGGUUGUGAGUUGUACUGUAGGUGACGGCAGGCGGCCGGCAGCGGGACCCUGCCUUCUAGCCAAGUAUCAUUUCGACAAUCGUUAGCGUAAAUAGAAAACGCUUAAAUCAAUGGAGAUGACAUCGAAACGAAAUGUCUUUUCUUCUAUAAAUUUGAACGUUUUUUAUCAACGCUUUGAAACUGUCGACGUCACUUGGCUUAGAGGGCUAGGUGCUUAAGGCUGCGGCCCUGACUGGAUAAAAGACAAUAUCAGCCUGUCGUCCAUACAGGCAUGUUCUUACUUCCAUGUCCAAUAUUUGAAUGGUAAUGUUAAACUGUGUUAGAUGAAACUGAUGCCCGAAAGUUUUGUUAUUUACUUAAUUUUGUAUUGAUGUGUAAUAAGUUUAGAGAGACCACAGACAGCUGUUUCACUGGCUGCACUGUUUAUGGAGCCUUAGUUCAUGUGAUCAAUCAGCGUUUCUCGAGCUCUGAUGAAUCAGUUGAAUUAAACAGAAACCGUUAGUUUCUAAGUGGCUGUUCAAAUUAAUCUCGUGCCAAAUCUCAUGUUAAGAAAUGUUUCAAUAACGAAUCAAAACCUCUUGGCUUGAGAUUUUACAGAUGAUUGAAUAAAACUCGUAUUACUAUUUGAUAGGCCAUUUAGAAACCAAUCGUUUCCUUAGAAAUGAUGGCUAGUAUGAGUCAAUAUUUUCUCAAAUAAUAUAAGACGAACAGUAUUUCGUCUAUAAAUAUGACUUAAGAAUGUAACCCGUCUUCAUUAUGUUUACAAACUUGUAGCAAUAAAUGGUUAACGUAUAGAACUCCUUGGCGAAGCUUUUGAAGAUAUUUAUAAUUUAAACAUUCAAAUGCACGUCAAUUAAAUGUUAAAUCUUCAUUCCUUGUCUAUACGUGUUAUUUUUUUAUUAAAAUAGCUUUCCAUGUUAAAUAUGAAUUACAAAGCGUAAAUAUAUCUUAAGAAUUUAAAUUGCAUUUCGCGGCACUAUGUAUAUUGAAUACAUAAUUUUAUUGAUGUUGUAUAUUAAGGAUAAUAUCAUGAAAUCGAACAAGUGGAUAUAAUUUAUAUAUCUAUAUUUAGUAAUGAAUAAAUAUACUUAUUGUUAAACAAAUUCUUGAGGUUAGAGUGAAUGGCGUGUUUGUGCGAGAUGACUUAUUUGUAUUGUAGUUAGGGAAAUAGAAUUUAGCUUACAGCCCACUGACUGAUAUAUUUGUAUAUUUUAAGUUUAACAUUUUGAUGGGCGGGCCACUCCUGCUUUACUAAGCCGUCGCGAAAACAAAGCUUAGUCAGGUUUGUUUCUAUUAAAAAAUUAAAUGAACUUAAGCAUUCAAAUUCUGUUGGCUAAUACCAACUAAAGGUUUCUGUUUAGGAUAAUAAUUUCUUUAAGAUAACUGAAUAUUUUGUACGUGGUCUUAAAUAAUAAUGUAAUGGGUUAAUUAUAAUAAAAUUAAAAUUUUCAGUAAGGAGAUUGACACGGAGGGGAACAAUUUAUUUGACAGUAUUGAAUGAAUUUUAUAUGGUAAACAGGCUUUAGGCGUGGGCAGAGUACAAACAUUAAAAAUUUGCACAUAGUCCACCGCUUACGUUAAUAGCUUUGUUAAGAUUACUUAGGCAAGAAUCUUUGAGUAUUUUUUAAUUGUCAUUAUCAUCCACGAUUUUUAUAUGCUACAAUACAACCACUCUCAUGGCUCACUAUGUAGGGAACACCAGUUGGUCAGGUGGGAGUGGCGAUGUCAUUGUGCGACAGUUGUGCGGUCAGGUGUUCUCAGGACUAUCAAGAAUGUUAAAUUAAGUUUGAUAAUGUGAAGCAAAUGUCAAAUGCCUUAUCUACAUACAUAUUAUUACGUGUUAGGUUUCCAAAGCUCUGCCACAGCUGAGUGCGACACCGACACGCGAUAUUCUCUAAUUCCGUUCCUAUCUAUAGUUAAAUGCAUAUAUGAAAACGUUAUAAUGUUGAAGUAACUAACAUAUUUUACUAACUGCAGUUGUUUGCCUAGCCGUAAUUGUUAUUUUAAACGUUGUAUGGACGACGCUAUAUUCGUAUAUCAGACUUAUCGAUGUUGCAAUUAAAUCACUUAUAGCUAUGUUACACAUUUGUUACUUAAUAAGUAUUGUGAGUGUGUAUAUUUAGAUUAUUUUUCGUAAAUCACGUUUUUCUAUAAUGUAUAUCUAUAUAUCAGAAUGUAAACGUGUACAGUAAGUACCUUUGGAGUAAUUUUCGAAAUCAGGAACAAAAUUAGAGGAAUUCAUUGUAAUGUUAGAAAGGCUGUAAAACAUAAUUUAAUUAUUUAAUGUUCAGCGGAAACUGUAACUAUUUAAAUGUAACGUUAAUGGACUACGUCGAAUAAAUGUCUCAACAAUUAUA